GCUCGGACGCGCCGUCGCCUCCUCCGCCUCCUCCUACUCACCAGCGCUAAACCCGGGACUGGACCGAGCGGAGUUGUGCGUGUUGCCGAAGGGGGGGUGGGCCGGGGGAGGGGAGGUUCGUUCCGCGGAGCCGCAGACAGAACCGGGACCAGGAAUCGCCUUCAACCCCAGUUGGUGCAUCUUUGGCAGAAAGUGAGGAAAACACCCCCAUUGUUUUUUGGCAUGGACACAGGUUCAGUGGGAGGAUUAGAAUUGACUGAUCAGACUCCUGUUUUAUUAGGGAGUACGGCCAUGGCAACUAGUCUCACCAAUGUAGGAAAUUCAUUUAGUGGUCCACCUAAUCCUUUAGUUGCUAGAUCUAAUAAAUUUCAGAACUCGUCAGUGGAAGAUGAUGAUGAUGUUGUUUUUAUUGAACCUGUACAACCUCCCCCACCUUCUGCACCAGUGGUAACUGAUCAAAGAACUGCAACAUUUUCAUCAUCAAAAAAUGAAGAACUACAAGGAAAUGAUUCCAAAAUUCUUCCUUCCUCAAAAGAGUUGGCUUCUCAGAAGGGCAGUGUAAGUGAGACAAUUGUCAUUGAUGAUGAAGAGGACAUGGAAACAAAUCAAGGGCAAGAAAAAAAUUCCUCUAAUUUUAUUGAACGGAGACCUCCUGAGACUAAAAACAGAACCAAUGAUGUGGAUUUCUCCACUUCCAGUUUUUCAAGAAGUAAGGUAAAUGCAGGAAUGGGUAAUAGUGGUAUCACCACAGAACCAGACUCUGAAAUUCAGAUUGCUAAUGUUACAACCUUAGAAACAGGUGUAAGCUCUGUGAAUGAUGGCCAAUUAGAAAAUACUGACGGGCGAGAUAUGAACUUAAUGAUUACACAUGUAACAUCACUGCAGAAUACCAACUUGGGAGAUGUCUCUAACGGACUGCAGUCAAGUAAUUUUGGUGUUAAUAUACAAACAUACACCCCAUCUUUAACUUCACAGACCAAGACUGGAGUAGGACCUUUUAAUCCUGGUAGAAUGAAUGUGGCAGGAGACGUAUUUCAGAAUGGAGAAUCUGCAACUCAUCAUAAUCCUGAUUCCUGGAUUUCUCAGUCAGCUUCAUUUCCUCGUAAUCAGAAACAACCAGGGGUGGAUUCUUUAUCACCAGUGGCCUCACUUCCUAAACAAAUUUUCCAGCCUUCUGCACAACAACAACAACAACAACCCACUAAACCAGUUAAAGUCACUUGUGCAAACUGCAAAAAACCUUUACAGAAGGGACAGACAGCUUAUCAACGAAAAGGAUCAGCUCACCUCUUUUGUUCUACCACCUGCCUUUCUUCCUUCUCUCACAAGCCGGCUCCAAAGAAACUUUGUGUUAUGUGUAAAAAAGAUAUAACUACAAUGAAAGGAACCAUUGUUGCUCAAGUGGAUUCUAGUGAAUCCUUCCAGGAAUUCUGUAGUACAUCUUGUUUGUCUCUCUAUGAGGACAAACAAAAUCCUACUAAAGGAGCUCUAAAUAAAUCAAGAUGUACAAUUUGUGGUAAACUAACAGAGAUUCGCCAUGAAGUUAGCUUUAAAAAUAUGACUCAUAAGCUGUGCAGUGACCACUGCUUUAAUAGAUACAGAAUGGCCAAUGGUUUAAUAAUGAAUUGCUGUGAACAGUGUGGAGAGUACCUGCCCAGCAAAGGUGCUGGAAAUAAUGUCCUGGUGAUUGAUGGUCAGCAGAAAAGAUUUUGCUGUCAAAGUUGUGUCAGUGAAUACAAACAGGUAGGUAGCCAUCCAAGCUUCCUGAAGGAGGUUCGAGACCACAUGCAGGACUCUUUCUUAAUGCAGCCCGAGAAAUAUGGAAAACUGACCACUUGUACUGGUUGCCGAACACAGUGCAGGUUUUUUGAUAUGACUCAGUGUAUAGGUCCUAAUGGAUAUAUGGAGCCAUAUUGUUCAACUGCUUGCAUGAACAGUCACAAGACAAAAUAUGCAAAAUCACAAAGUUUGGGAAUUAUUUGCCAUUUUUGUAAGCGAAACUCUUUACCUCAGUAUCAAGCCACAAUGCCUGAUGGGAAACUAUAUAACUUCUGCAAUUCCAGUUGUGUGGCUAAAUUUCAGGCUCUAAGUAUGCAGUCAUCUUCAAAUGGUCAGUUUGUAGCUCCAAGUGAUAUACAGUUGAAAUGCAACUAUUGCAAAAAUUCCUUUUGUUCAAAGCCAGAAAUCCUGGAAUGGGAGAACAAAGUGCAUCAGUUCUGCAGCAAAACUUGUUCAGAUGACUAUAAGAAGUUGCAUUGCAUAGUUACAUAUUGCGAAUACUGUCAAGAGGAGAAGACUCUUCAUGAAACAGUAAAUUUCUCUGGCGUUAAGAGACCUUUCUGUAGUGAAGGCUGCAAACUAUUGUAUAAACAGGAUUUUGCACGACGUUUAGGAUUGAGAUGUGUUACUUGCAACUAUUGCUCUCAACUCUGUAAGAAGGGAGCAACUAAAGAACUUGAUGGUGUUGUGAGAGAUUUCUGUAGUGAAGACUGCUGUAAGAAAUUUCAGGAUUGGUAUUACAAGGCUGCAAGGUGUGACUGUUGUAAAUCUCAAGGAACACUUAAAGAGAGAGUGCAGUGGCGUGGAGAAAUGAAACACUUCUGUGAUCAACACUGCUUACUCCGUUUCUACUGUCAGCAAAAUGAGCCCAACAUGACAACUCAGAAAGGACCUGAAAACUUACAUUAUGAUCAGGGUUGUCAGACGUCCCGAACCAAAAUGACAGGUUCGGCACCACCCCCCUCUCCAACACCUAACAAAGAAAUGAAGAACAAAGCUGUUCUUUGCAAACCUUUAACAAUGACAAAAGCUACUUACUGUAAACCUCAUAUGCAGACCAAAUCUUGUCAGACAGAUGAUAAUUGGAAGACAGAAUAUGUUCCAGUGCCUAUCCCUGUGCCUGUGUAUAUCCCAGUACCUAUGCACAUGUACAGUCAGAAUAUUCCUGUUCCUACUACAGUUCCUGUUCCUGUGCCAGUUCCUGUUUUUCUGCCUGCCUCAUUGGGUAGCAGUGAGAAGAUCCCUGCAGUGGCUGAGGAGCUAAAAAGCAAAGUUUCUUCAGAUCCUCUUGAUACAGAGUUGCUUACAAUGACAGAUAUGAUGACUGAAGAUGAGGGCAAAACAGAAGCUGCCAACAUCAACAGUGUAAUUAUUGAAGCAGACAUAAUUGGUUCUGAUCUCUUGAAGAACUCUGACCCAGAGACACAGUCUAAUAUGCCUGAUGUACCAUAUGAACCAGAUUUGGAUAUCGAAAUAGAUUUCCCCAGAGCUGCUGAAGAGCUUGAUAUGGAAAAUGAAUUUUUAUUACCGCCUGUUUUUGGAGAAGAAUAUGAGGAACAGCCUAGACCUCGAUCUAAAAAAAAGGGAGCCAAAAGAAAAGCUGUAUCAGGAUACCAGUCUCAUGAUGAUAGUUCUGACAAUUCAGAAUGCACCUUCCCUUUCAAAUAUACAUAUGGUGUAAAUGCAUGGAAACACUGGGUCAAAACUAGGCAACUUGAUGAAGAUCUUCUGGUACUAGAUGAGCUAAAAUCUGCUAAAUCAGUAAAGUUAAAAGAGGAUCUGCUCUCUCACACCACAGCUGAGCUUAACUAUGGGUUAGCCCAUUUUGUCAAUGAGAUCCGACGGCCAAAUGGAGAGAGUUAUGCACCUGACAGCAUCUAUUAUCUUUGCCUUGGAAUACAGGAGUACUUGUGUGGUAGUAAUCGAAAAGACAACAUAUUUAUUGAUCCAGGAUACCAAACAUUUGAGCAAGAAUUGAAUAAAAUACUCCGAAGUUGGCAACCCAGCAUACUUCCAGAUGGGUCAAUAUUUUCUCGAGUUGAAGAAGAUUAUCUCUGGAGGAUAAAACAACUAGGAUCACACUCUCCAGUAGCUCUUCUGAAUACCCUGUUCUACUUUAAUACUAAGUAUUUUGGCCUGAAAACAGUGGAACAACACUUAAGACUUUCCUUUGGCACUGUAUUUAGGCACUGGAAAAAAAAUCCUCUAACAAUGGAAAACAAAGCAUGUCUUCGAUACCAAGUGUCUUCCUUAUGUGGAACAGAUAAUGAAGAUAAAAUUACUACUGGAAAAAGAAAACAUGAAGAUGAUGAGCCAGUAUUUGAACAAAUUGAAAAUACAGCCAAUCCUUCUAGAUGUCCUGUGAAAAUGUUUGAAUGCUAUUUGUCUAAAAGCCCACAGAAUCUUAAUCAGAGAAUGGAUGUUUUUUAUUUGCAACCAGAAUGCUCUAGUUCUACAGAUAGUCCUGUCUGGUACACAUCUACUUCACUGGACCGAAACACCUUGGAAAAUAUGCUUGUACGGGUUCUUUUAGUAAAAGAUAUUUAUGAUAAAGACAAUUAUGAACUGGAUGAAGACACAGACUAAAAAGGAACAUUUCAGAAGCAAUCGGGAUAAAACAGCAUUAGAUAGUCAUGCUGCUAGGUCUUUAUUAUGGAAACAUUUCAAGUUUACUCCUUGUUUUGAGUUUUGUAGCAGUGUACCCACACUGGGUAUUACCAUGUAAAUAAUCUGUGAGUGAAAGUUGCCAUUAUUCUAUGUAGUGGUUUUAGGAUACUUAACAAAUACAUUCAAAUUCUUUUUUUAUUAUUAUUUAUUUGAUUAGGUAUGUUUGUAACUUUUUACAUUACAAAAUACGAAUGAGAAUGUGCCAUGUAUAAUUUUUUUCUUGUAGUAAGAAACAUCCAUAUUGCACAACUCUACUGUUGCAAGGCUUCCUUGAAAGGAGGCUCUUUUACUGGGUUCUUGACCAGAUGGUUGUGUAUGGGUAGCACUACUAAAAGUUUAGAACUUGCAGUGUCUUUCAGAAUUUUUAAAAUAAACUGUAAACUAAUAGGCUGGGUUUUUUGUUUUGUUUUGGGGGGUUUUGUUUGUUUUGUUUUCUUUAUAUUUCAGUUACUGAAGCCUUACAAGGUUAUGUAGAGAGAUGCCAUCUUCUGUACCAAAAAUAGACAAGAGAAUGCUGUCAAUAUUGGUGUACUGUAAUGUGAAUCUAUACUGGUGAAAACAACUUUUUGUUCCCCUUAUUAAAACCUUAGUGUCCUUUUCUCAUUUGUGGCUUUCUGCAUCACCCCAGUCAAUAAUUAAAAAAAAACAAAAAACAUAUAUAUAUAUAUAUAUAUAUAUACACACACACACAUAUACACACAUACACAUAUAUGUAUAUAUGUAUGUAUAUAUGUGUAUGUGUAUAUAUAUAUGAAGAAUGAUGUUGAAAACAUGACCAUUGAGACAUUUUCUUUGUAAAAAUGUCCAGUGAAAGUACAGAAUUCUGUUUUCUAUGCCAACCAUAAGUAUUUAAAAUCCCAUUCAUUUAUAGAACUUUGAUUUUUUUUUUCUCUCCCCACCCCCCAAAGAUAGAGAUCAUGUUGCAGUAUCUGAGAAGUACUCUAAAACUUAACCAAUUUUAUUAGGAUUUUUGUAUUGCCUUCAAAUAUGACCGAUGCAUAUGUUGGAUAAAAUUAUUUUUAGAAAUGCCACUCCCAAAAUAGUUGUUAUAGAAAGUCAAGCUAGUUUAGAUAAGAUAGUAUCACAUUUUACUAUGGAGAUUACCAGUGUAGUAAUUCUGAUAUUUCAGAUGAUUAAAGAACAGAGAAACUGAUGGAUAAGAUAAAGUAUAUCUUGAGGGAAAUCACAUUCGAUGUUAGAUUGUUUGGCUUUUAAAAUUUAAUUACUUCUUAUAGAAGAUUGCAUUAAAAAACUUUGUGCUUCUGCAUAGCAGUUUAUCUGUUCAGACCUUUUCUUUUAGAACAAGGAAGUUUACUUAAAAUCCUACUUUAUAAAGACUGAGCAAAAUGCUAGCUGCAAAUUAUUGUAAAGAAAUUGUUUGGCUGACUUCAUAGAGCAUGUGUGUUAAUCAUAUUGUCUUGUUUCUGAUUCCUGACUCACCAUGGUGAGAUUAGUUUUUUAAAAUUAUUGGGGGGAAUUUGGGCUAUUUUCCACAGUGGUUAGGCAAUGUCUACAUGUCCCUUAGAUAUUUCUCUCUUGCUUAGGAUAAAUGUUAGCAUUCAGAAAAAGUUUUCGCAAUCAUGAUAUGGAAAACUUCACACUUGUAAUCACUGUAUAUUUAAGCAAUAAGUAGCAGAAAUGUUUUUGGCAUAAAAUCACUUUAUAAUGUUCUAAUUUGUUUUUAUAAGUCUGAAUAACAUUUCUGUCCCUUAAUUUUAUAUUUGUUGAUUUGAUAAUCAGACUGACAGUAGCAAAUCUGAUACUACUUUACUAAAAAGAUUGCUCAUUGUCUGUUUAAUGAAGAAAAGUGGGUAACAUAUUUAAAAUAUAUACUACAAAAAUUUCCCCUUUUUCCGGAAGUACUUCAAGCACUUUUCCUAUAAAUGCGUAUUGUUGAUUAAAAGGUGGUUAAUCCUAACCAUCUUUUAUUCUUCAAAGUGGUGCUAUAUUCCAUCAAGCAAUAAUGUUUGCCCCAAAUGUCAUUUAACAUUAAUUCUACCAAAUACCAUACAUUUCUGCCGUGGUACUACUAUUAAACACCUUGUCUUGCUAUUUACAUUUCCUUUAUUGUACAUUUUAGCUUUCCUAAACAGAAUGUCUACAUAAUUUUGAUCUUAACAUGAUUGAGGAUUUAGAGCUCUUGUUUUUGUCUUGAAUGCAAUCUAAGGAUUAAUUAACUUGACUCUCAGGGGGAAAAGGAAAAAAAAAAAACUUUAUAAGAAUUGUCUGUUCUCUGAAACUUAUUUGACCUAGAAUACAUUUCAUCAGUUCCUGGAUGUCCUUAGUUUGUGUGGUCAUAGCUGACUGCUGAGAAAAAAGACAGUGAAAUGGUAGCAGUUUCUUUUUGCUUUUAAGUGAUUUCUGAUUAUAGCAUCCUGUAAAUAUAACUUAUUGUCUUUAGAUAUCUACUGGAGAUGCUAUAUUUUUUUGUUCGGAAGAUUUUGCCAUUUUAAAUGAAUCCGAAGUUUUUAUUCAUACUGAUAAGGUUGACUUUCCCAUGCAAAUUGAAUCUUCAUUAGCACAAUUUUUAGGUUAUAUACUGUAUUAGGUAAUAAUAAGACAUUAAAGGAUUUUUCUAGGCAAGAAGCUCAACUUUUUUUUUUCUUUUUUGGCCAUAAAAAUACUUUUAUUACACAGAGUUGUUACCAGUGUGUUAAGCAUAAUUGAGAUAGGAAGAAGAUGCAUAUUGUACUGUGCAUUCAGACUUUUGUCACUGUUUUUCUAAUGGAAUUUCCCUAUGUCCUGGCCAAUUUGGAAUGGGGUACAUCAUUUAUGGAGUAAUUUGGACGUGGGUAACUUGCUUAUGCAUAGUAUUACAGAUUACAGUAAUGACAAAGUCAUAAAAUUGCAAAUUUUUGUUUUGUACUACUCUACUGUGGGUUCAUUUAAUCUGAGAUCUUAAAUAUCUUGCAGUCUUAAAUCACUAUAAAAAUUUACACUUUUAUUUUACCAGUUACGUCCAAAAUGUAUUGUUAUACAUAUGUCACUUAUGUUCUAACGCUGACUGUAGGGUAAUAUCCUUGUUCCCCUCAAACAAAAUAGUCAUGAAAGUGUACAUGAAAAUAUUUUUAAAGAAUAAAUUUCUUUAAAUUAUAAUUCUUUUGGAUUUCCCCCCUUAAUAAGCCCCUUAUUCAUUUUUAAAGAAGUUCUUUGAAUUUGUUAGUCCAUUUUACUUUGUUUUUAGGAGUGGACUAUUUCUAAUGCGGUUUUCCCGUAUUAAGUACUUUUGUUGUUUUUGGGUUUGUCAUUCUUGAAAAUGAUAUUAACAAAAUCUUACACAUUUAGAAGUUGAUACCCAGAACAGGUUAACUGUAUCAGUCUGAGUCUGAGUGUAGAGACAUCUAAAGUGGUGUCUCAAUUUGUACUUUUUUUUUUUUUUUCUUAGAAGCUAGAUGAUUAGAGGGACUCCUGAAAUAAGGUACUAUGAUCCCUUGCCUUAUAAUGAACUGGACAAAAGAAAGUUGUUCCUUAAAAUCUGGGCAGAUAGUGUCCUAAUUAAUUAUUGAGUUAAAUAAGUUCAUGAAUUUAGGCCUUUUGAGAAAAGGACCAAAGAGAAACUGAGAUUUAAUCUCUAAAUAAGAAUUAAGAAUAGAACCAAAGAGAGGGUUACAGACCAUUUGGGUCUACCAUUGGAGGUCUUUGUAUCUUUGAAGGAAAGCAGGUGUAAAUGCUAACUGAGCACAUUUUAUUUUCUGUUGUAGUGCAGUAGAAAGAGCAGUUACAGCUCCUUCUUGGACUUUCAACUACAUAAAUUAUUUGGGCCUCAGUUUCUUUAUCUGUAAAAUGAAGGUAUUGCCUAGAUUUCUGAUUCUCAAAUUAAGCACAGUUGAUUUCAGGCUUGAGUAGUAAAUCUUUCAGAUUUUUGUGUGAAGCCUUAUGAUUAUUUAGACACACAUUUUCUUGGAGAAGGGAAAGAUCUUUCCUAAAAUAGCCUUAACACAGGGAGUGUUAGUCUUGAUUUUUCAAAGUCCUAUUCAAAUAACUCCUCAGAAGUAAAUUCAGCACAUGAAAACUUAUUAUUAUAAAACUUAAAUAGCAGAUCUUACAUAUUUCCUCUGUGCCAAAGAACUAUUGCUAACCAUGUUAGUUAAGGAGGAAGAGAAAAGAUUAAGAAGGCAUCAAUGUUGUAGUUGGUGGGUUAUAAAAGAGAAACACUGUACAGGUGCAUUUAACUCUUAGGGAACAGAAUAUAUGCAUGAUAGUUUACAGCAGAGAUGAUGGUGUACACUCAGAAAUAACCCUAAAAGGUUUUUAUGGUCUAGAGUAGGUUUCAUAGAAUUGUCACCACCUGUGAUUACAUAAAACCUGAGAUUCCUGUGAGAUUCCUGUAACCUGCUGCAUAGUGCUUUUAGCUCUGUUAAAAAAUGCUCAGUGAGUGGCUCAAUUUGACUAUUUUGAUGGCUCUGUUUUGAUGGCAUCAGUCUUCAUCUCUGGCUUUCAGACCAACUUAUUACAAGAGUAGUUAAAAAUAGCACACAAAGAGGGGCGCCUGAGUGUCUCAGUUGGUCAAGUGUGACCUUCAGCUCAGGUCAUGAUUCAGGGGACCUGGGAUUGAGCCUUGCGUCCAAUAGGGAACCUGCUUCUCCUCCCUGUUCAUGCUUGCUUGCUCUCCCUAUCUCUGUCUCUAUCUCUCAAAUAAAAUCUUUAAAAAAAAUGCACCCAAAGAGGUAGCUUAGAACCCGCCUCAUGCAUCAGAGGAUUCUAAAAGGCAUGAAUCAAGGUGAGUAAUUCAACUAGGUUAUCUAGUACGGAUGGAACAAACAAGGUACAAUAUAUUAAGGAAACUUUUUUAACUUAAUACACUAUGGAUUUUUUUCAUAAUAAACGCUUUUGAAGAUAAAACCUUUCCAUUUUGAUUACAUAUUUGUAGUUCUAAAUUGAUGUCAGCAGAUGGCAAUAGUAUACAGCACAGGGUUUCGAUUGCCUUAUUUCUUUGUUAAUGCCACUUUAGUAAAUGAUGAUCUUUGAUCAGAAACUCAUGGGAGAUUUGGAAUUCAGAAUUUUCAAAAAUAAUAUAUGCUUAUAGACUACAUAACACCCUCACAAAUGGGGCUUGGGGCAGUGCUCCAUAAUCAGUGUUUAUGCAGCAGUAGAUCAAAUACUUCACAGUAACUGGAAUAAACUGUACAGCUAUAGAAAGCUUUACGUAGUUCAGGUCAGUUUUUGUCAUAACAGGAAAAACUGGAUUUUCAGACUUUUGGAUCUCAGAAUUGGUAACAGGAACUGCAGACCUAUAGUAAACUGAUGUCCUAUCUAGUAUUUUCCUUCUAAUAAAAUACCUAGUAUUUUUUUCUCUUCUUGCUUAGUGGUGAUAGAGGUAAUUGAAGGCUCUUUAUAAAAUUUGCAUAUUAGAUUUAAAGAAAAAACUGCAAGGAAUGCUUAGGCAUAAAUAAAGCAGUUCUAGAACCAUUAUUGAAUUCUGAAACUUAGAAAUAACUUACUUUUGCUUUCCAUUUUGCAUCCAUAUUUGUAGCAUAAUUCUGUAUAGAUAUGAUAUACCUUUAUGAAUAGCUACAGUCCUAUCAUGGAGCCAGUCAUUUAUUCAUUCAACAAAUACUUAAAUGAUUUUUUUUUUCAGGCGCAUUAAGCUGGUGCUGAGAACACAAUACAGCAUAGCACCCAGCCCCUCCUCUCAAAGACUUGGUCUAGCUGGGGAGAAAUGAAAGAAUAAGAUAGGGUCUCAGGCCUUACUGAGAACAAUCACUUGUAUUAGAAAGCAAACUCCUAUUCAGUCAAGGUAUUUAUCAAUAUCAUACUCUUAGCUCAUCUUUUAAAUUCCUGACUACACUUCCAGACUUCUGUAUUAUACCAAUCUAUUUCCAUUCUGGAAAGGGAGAGGUGCCAGCUACUUUUAGGGUGCAGAGAUAGAUGCAAAUUGGAAAACAGCAGUGAUAUCUUACCAUACUGAAGGCUCUUCAAGGUUAUUAGUGUUUUCAGUUCAGUUUUUAAUCACCAUACAACAGCAGAAUAUAUUUCAUUAGAAUGUAAGCUCAUGAAGGUAGGGAGGUUUUUUAUUCCCUGCUGUAUCCCAAGUGCUUAGCAAAGUUAGUGGUAUAUGCUAGUUAAUAAAUGUUGAAUGAAUUAAUGACUAUAAAUACUUUGAAAUUUAAUAACUUUUAAAAUAGAGGAACUAAAUAGGACCUAUGAUCCAUGGAGUCACACCUAAUUUUUGGUAUGCCUUUGAUCACUUCGUUGUGUUUCUGUGGGUGUGUCUUCAGUUUAUUCUGUAUACAGUGAGUUUCUGUAUACAGUGAGGGCAAAGGGGAAUGGGAUAUAUGUAUUGAUUGAUAGUAGUGUUCAAAAUAUAGACACUUAAAAAUGACUUCUGAAGUUUGUUAAAAUGCUCUUUCUGACCUAUCCCCUGGAGAUAGAUUUAGUAAGAUUUACAGUGGGUCACAGAGCUGCAUUUUUAAUGCCUGGGUUAAAAACCAAGAGACCCAACAGUCAAAAAAUUGGCCCCCAUACAUUU